CUUUGUUCUUUUUCUUCUUAACUUAGGUGUCAUGGGAAAAAGAAAAGCGAAAUCCAAGCCGUUGAAAAAACUGAAAGCCAAGUUGGACAUUCACUUCAACUGCUUAUUUUGCAAUCACGAAAAGAGCAUUGAAUGCCGAAUGGAUCAGAGCAACAAAGUAGGUCAUCUGGCUUGUAAAAUAUGCGACAUUAGCUGGCAGUGCUCCAUUACUUAUCUCGAUGAGCCUGUCGAUGUUUAUUCUGCAUGGAUCGAUGCUUGUGAGGAAGUCAACGAUCGCAAAAUGCAAGCUUUAUUGAAAGCACGGGACAAGGAAUACAGUGCCGAUGGUCGACGUGCUUCGCGUGAUCGAGGCCGGCCUUUGUCCAGCCGACCUGUACACCUUGACGACGACGAGGACGACGAUGAAGACGAUUACUAUUGAUCUGCACAGGAUGAUUGGAAAACAUAUGGUAGACGUAGUGUUUCCACUACACCUCCCCCGGGGGCAUCCGCUCUUAUUCAUUCUCCUGUGGCUGAUUGAAAACUCCAAAGACACCACCGUUAUUCAAAAACUUUGCUUUGCAAUGAAUGAUAUACCUCUUUUUGUGUUUGCUUUCAUUAAAAUCUUUUUUGUGUUGAG